CUCUGUGUACACCGUAAUAUGUAAUUGCUCACUAUCGUUAUCGUUCCAAUCACAAGCGAAUUGGGCACCGAGAAGUGCACGCAGACUUCCAAAAGCCACACGCAGCCUUCUGAAAUGACUUGCGGAUAGGUAUAUGAUACGUCCGGAAGAGUAUAUUGACGAGGGUUGUCUGGUCAAUUUGACAGCUGUCAAGCGCGAGACGCCUAAAUUAUGUUUGACAGCUGUUAUUGAGGAGGAUAUUUCUGCGUGAUAUCACAGCAAGAAAAUCGUUUGAGCGCUCGGACUUUGUAAAAUGGCAAAACGAAACAGUUUAUAUAUCCGAAUUGUGGAGGGAAAACAUUUACCAAUUAAGGACAUAACUGGAAGCAGUGAUCCAUAUUGCAUCGUGAGGAUUGACAAUGAGGCCAUCAUAAGGACGGCUACGAUAUGGAAGACGCUCUCUCCCUUCUGGGGGGAGGAAUAUAAUGUUCACCUACCUCCAUCCUUCCAUACUGUUUCCUUCCACGUACUGGAUGAGGACUCACUCAGCCGUGAUGAUGUCAUCGGGAAAGUGUCCAUCAGUAAGGAAGUCUUAGCUGCCAACCCACAAGGGCUGGAUGGCUGGAUGAACCUAACUGAGGUUGACCCAGAUGAGGAGGUACAGGGAGAGAUUCACCUCCAGAUGUCAGUGGUUGGGGAUGGGGAUAUUCCCAAAAUACUACGCUGCCAAGUAUUAGAGGCCAGAGACCUUGCAAAAAAAGAUAGAAAUGGAGCAUCCGAUCCUUUUGUCAGAGUACGAUACAACGGCAAAACCCAGGAAAGCGCGGUGAUUAAGAAGUCCUGUUACCCCCGAUGGAAUGAAUGCUUUGAGUUUGAGCUGGAUGAUGCCCCCCCUGACACCCCUCUGAGUGUAGAGCUAUGGGACUGGGACCUGGUCAGCAAGAAUGACUUCCUGGGAAAGGUACUGUUCAAUAUCAACCGGCUUCAGUCAGCCCAACAGGAAGAAGGCUGGUUUCGCCUGGUCCCUGAUAAGCCCAAACACAGCCAACAUGAGGGAACUCUAGGGUCUCUGCGCCUGCAGCUUCGCCUCCGAGAUGAGACUGUCCUGCCCUCAGGCCACUACCACCCACUCACGUCAUUGUUGUGCCAGUCUGUGGGUCCUAAUCUGAAUGGCAACAGUCCAGAUUUGAUCAUGCUCAUCGAUGAAACAACUACAGCAGAGAGUCGACAGGAAGUGGCCUCCAACCUGGUGAAGCUCUAUCUGGGUCAGGGACUGGCCAAAGACUUCCUGGAUGUUCUCUUCAAGUUGGAGUUGGACAAGACUAGUGAGCCCAACACCUUGUUUCGCAGCAACUCCUUGGCUUCCAAGUCCAUGGAGUCAUUUUUAAAGGUUGCAGGCAUGCAAUAUCUGCACCGACUUCUGGGUCCCUUGAUCAACAGGAUCUUUGAGGAGAAGAAGUAUGUGGAGCUGGACCCUAACAAAGUAGAGUUAAAGGAGGCUGGAUGUACAGGCCUACACCGGGUGCACACUGAGGCUGAGGUGAUCCAGCAGAGCACCAGCCUCCUGCAGUCAUACCUUUCCGAGCUGCUCCAUGCAAUCGUCCAGUCAGCAUCCUACUGCCCCGUUGCCCUUUGCCAGGCCUUUCAGCAGCUCUACAGGCGUGUCAGCAAACGCUAUCCUGAGCCUGAGUAUAGGAAGGUAAAAUUUAUAGCCGUGACCAGCUUCCUGUGUCUGCGCUUCUUCUCUCCGGCUAUCAUGUCACCCAAACUCUUCCACCUCCGGGAGAAACAUGCCGAUGCCCGUACUAGUCGCACAUUGCUGCUACUGGCUAAGGCCAUUCAGAUAAUUGGUAACCUGGACACACUAAACUGCUGCUCCAAAGAGCCUUGGAUGGUCCCACUGCAGCCAGUCAUACAGCUGGGCAUUACCCAGCUCAAAGACUUCAUCAGUAAACUGGUCAGCUGUGACAACUCUGAAGACCUGUGCCUGCAGGAAAGGAUGAGUCUUCAGUGUGGAUCCAUGGAGAAGGAGGGUUUUGUUCUCCUGCACAGGACCAAGGACAAGAGCAUGCUUAUGACCUCGCCCUUUAAAAAGUACUACGUCACCCUCAGCAAGGACACCUUGUCCUACGCCCGGACCCAGCACUCCAAGAAGACCUCCUUCAUCUCCCUGCCCAGGAUCCUUGCGGUGGAGAAGGUGGAAGAGAAGAGCUUUGGCAGUGCCAACGUCAUGCAGAUCAUAUCCAGCCAAGACAACGGCCAGAUGGAGACUCUGUACCUGGAUUGUAAGAGUGUGAAUGAGCUGAAUCAGUGGCUUUCGGCGCUUAGGAAAGCCUGCAGCCACAACACUGACACCAUGAGCUGCUACCACCCAGGAAUCUACAAAGGAGAGCGUUGGAGCUGCUGCCACCAAAAGGAAAAAGCAGACCCAGGAUGUGACAAGACCAAACAUGGGGUGACAUUACAGGAGUGGUCUGAUCCCCUUGACCCUGAUCUGGAAUCCCAGCUAAUCUACCGACACCUCAAUGGAGUCCGACCAGCUAUUUGGGAAAAAUACCAAGAGAUGAUCAAGCCAGAACAAGGGGGUGACAGAGAGGCUUUGGAAGGUGAUAAGUUGGACGUGGUCAAAAGGUUGUUCAGUGUCCUACAGGACCUUCAGGAUUCCCACACUGCAGUUGAGGAGGAGGAGAAGAGGUCAAAGAAUAAAAACUUCCUUCUGGAGUUGCAAACGUAACCAAACAUCAAUGAAACAGACAGGCCUAAGACGUCCCAAACGGCUCCCUUAUAACUUUUGAUCAGGGUCCAUAGGUUACUAGCACUAUAAAGGGACUGACUCAGCUAUUAAGACACUUUUUCAGAUACUUCCAUUUGUCAAGAUGAACUGUUUGGAACAUCGCUCCUUGAGUAUGUGGAUAAUGUUCUUCUCGUCGCUUCAACCUCACCUGACUGUCAGCGACAUCCCUUUAAGUAGCACUGAUGGGGAGUAGAAUGUGUGAUACAUCUAUGUUUGACAUUCAGCCAUUCCCUUCUCCUUUACACGGUGCAUAUUUGAAGACUAUGAAUGUGUGUUACAUAUUAUCCAUGGAAAGGUAAGUGUGAUGUUCUGUUAACAAGGGGUAUACGUAUGCUGUACACACCAUAAUGCAGCUAACCAUUUCCUCAGGCUAUUGUGCACAGAGCACAUAAGCCUGGGAAAUCAAAUAUUUAAUUGUUGGCCUUAGUGGGACUGACCAUACAAUUGCUAUGGGAGUGAGUAAACCAUUUGUCAUAAUUUAAUUACAGUGAAUCAUAGGGUUGGGAGACAUUAUGAAGGCUUGAUCAGAGGAGAGGGAUAGGGGGAGUGUGUUAUGGGAGAUGAUCAGUUGCUAAUUUAAUCCAAUGCCUAUGUGCAGGGAGUUUCUGUUUUAGUGCCUGUGAUGCAUAGUUCACUCGACUUUGUAUUUGGACCAAAAACAGUAUAGUUAAAAUAUUUGUAAAGUGAUGAGCCUAUUGAAAACAAUAUUCAUAUCAGUAUAGUAGUUAUUUCUUGAAGAGGGUAUAUAUUCUGUUGCCUUGUUGUUUCUUUGUUUCUUUGUUAUGCAUGAAUGAUAGGCCUUAAUACACCUUAAUCACAGAAAUGUAAUUUAUUGUCAGAAAAUGUAAAGGUUUUUAUAUUUCUUAUGUCUUACUUGUGCAUUUGUAUUGUUUUUAAAUCAAUCUGUCAGGACAUAGACCUAUGUUUGGUCAAGUGUUUUGAGUAUUUGAAAUGAUGUACGCUGUAUCACACAAAAUGUCACAACAGUGUUGACAUUUUCAAGCUCCAAAUACAAGUAUUUUUCCCAUGGAUUUAGGAAUAUGUACAAAAUGCAUAUAAGAAGACACAUACAAUUUACGUAAUAAAGGAGCAACUUGUAAGAUUUCCACUAUAACAAAGCAGAACAAUAUUAGUUGUAAUAUACAGGGUAUUGGGGGAAAAUAUUACUUGAAACGGAGUACUUCACAAAUAGUUUGUUUUUGUCGGUGUACUCGUGCUUAUAGAUUCUUUGUCUUCCAAAUGUUUUUCUCUCAUUUUGGUCCAGUCACUGAUUAGCAUGGACUGUUUCAAAGACAUUAGGGUAAAGCUCUAGAGCAGGAUAAAGCUUUAGAGGUCUUCAAAAUGUUCUUGUCUAGGGAAUCCCACCCCAACCAAGAGACAUCCUAGGACCCUGAUUAUAUGUUAGACAGUACAGUUUAGUUGGCUGUUUUGAUUCUCAUUGGGGAAGGGUGUCUGUAUGAAAAUGCAUACUCACUACUUUUAGUUGCUCUUGUAAGCAAAAUUACUCUACAUUUGAAAAUAUUUGUUUUAUAACUCCAAUCUCUUGCAAAUGUUCGCAUUCUAGAGUGAAUAUUUGCACUGAAAUUGUUGUAAAUUAUUCUUAAAAAAUCCCCCCCCCCAUUUCCCCCCCCCCCAAAAAUGUUAUCUCUGAAAAAACCUUCCCCAUCCUUAAUUUGUCAUUUGAAGUCGGAAACACACAUUUCUAUCCAUGUUGAUGACACCUACUGUAGAAGUCAAAUAAAUAUAGGCAUUGCUUUCAAGUGAUGGAGAAAUACAAAGCCAGAUAUGCACCUGAAAAGUGAAUAACUGGCCAUAUUUCUCAUGCAGAUAAACUCUCCAUUAAAGUAGCAAGCUAGCUACCUAGUAGUAAGCUACUGUUACAUCUUUUCAGUACCACUAGCCUGGGACAGGUAUACUAAAACUAUUUGUUUGCUCAGUUAUACCAU